AUCUGAUAAAUCUUGGCUUAGACAUGAGGACAAUAUCGCCAUUAUGCAUGUGUUUGUCGACAUGAUGAACCUCUCUGGUCUCUCAUUCACUGACGCCUUGAGGACCUUCCUUCAAGCCUUUCGUCUACCUGGAGAAGCCCAAAAGAUUGAUCGAUUUAUGCUUAAAUUUGCUGAUCGGUACAUGGUCAAACAUCGAAUGACCCGACAGGAUUUCAUUAGGAACAAUCGUGGUAUCAAUGACGAUGCAGACCUUCCGGAAGAAUUCUUAUCGGUAAUAUUUGAUGACAUCCAGUCGAAUGAGAUCAGGAUGAAGGAUGAAGUAGAGGCACAGGUUGGUGUAAUCCAACCAGCAGUCGGCCUUGCCAGCGUUUUGGUGAAUGUUGGGCGAGAUUUCCAGAAAGAAGCAUACCUGGCUCAAUCCAGCGGGAUGGCGAAUCGAACAGAGGUCGGCAAGCCGAACGAUCAAUUCUUUAAUGCCUCUCACUUCUUCCACGUCCGGCCGAUGUUUGAAGUGGCCUGGAUGUCAUUUCUGGCCGGUAUAUCCGGCCCGCUUCAAGGCACAGAUAAUCUAGAGGUCGUAGACCUUUGCUUGGAAGGAUUCAAGCUUUCCAUACGAAUUGCCGCAUUUUUUGAUAUGGAACUAGAGCGGAAUGCUUUCGUUACGACGUUGGCCAAGUUUACAUUCCUCAACAAUUUAGGGGAAAUGAAAACCAAAAACAUGGAAGCGAUAAAAGCGCUUCUGGAUGUCGCUCUUAGCGAAGGAGAUCAUCUCAAAGGGUCAUGGAGAGACGUUCUUAUGUGCGUGAGUCAACUUGAGCACAUGCAAUUGAUUGGAACUGAUAAAAUGAUUCAUUUCAGGCGCUCCAAAAAGCUUCCUGCUGAGGAACUGGCUAAUGAGAGUCGCUCAACGCAUAUUACAGUGUCAGCGGAUAUGGUAUUCUCCUUGAGUAAUCAACUAUCGGGAGCAUUGAGUGACGUCUCAUGGGAGGAAAUCCAAUCAUCUGGACUUUCAGAAACACCCAGACUGUUCUCAAUUAGAAAGCUGGUUGAGAUCUGCUAUUAUAAUAUGAACCGUAUUCGACUAGAAUGGGUUAAUAUGUGGGCUAUCCUUGGAGAACACUUCAACCAG